AGAAAAUAAAAACCAAUGGAAACGAGUAAGAUCGGCUCCCAUAUUCCAAGAGGGAAUAGGUUUAAUCCUCUCUUGUUGGUCGGCUCUCACAGCCGCUGUCGAAAACUAGUGGGGCGGCCGAGACUCUCGCGUCAAAGCCAACAUGUAUCUGCUCCGACGUGUUAUCUUUCUUCACUGAAACCAAAGGUAGCAGAGAAGUUAGUGAUUAUGCACGAAGAAUGUUUGGAAGGUAAUUAUCAAUCUGUUGAGAAACUGAGGACUACAAAUCCUCCACCAGUCGCUCAUGUCAAACCGCUUACCGACGAGGAUGACGAUGACGAUGACGAUGACGAUGAAGAUGACUGCAUGGAUGCGGACAAUGCAACUACUAUGACGGCAGAUGUACCAGACUCGCGGACAAGUUUGAAUCCAGCUGGUUUGUCAAUAGAUGAGCCAAAACCAAGCCAGGCAGCUGAAGCAGAAGAUGGUUGGCUAGUAGUCUCAUCUAGAAGAAACAAGGGUGGGAGGAAUUAGAUUCACAUUAUUUCGCUUCUUCAAUUUUUCUUAAC